AUGAAUGAAAAGGGAGAAUCAUGGACGAUAGACUUGAUACACGAGCCAUAUUCAGGCCGGUUUUACAUGAAAAGAGGCUGGACAACUUUCUGUGCCGCUAAUGGGAAGAAACACGGAGAUUUGUUCACAUUCAAAUUGGUCCAAAACGAGGAAACACCUGCGCUCCAGUUGUUGCCUUUGAAUAGUGAUGGUCUGAACAAACACGAACCUAGCAACAACACAAGGCAAGGAAAGUGUUUAGAAGCUAAAGAAAAAACGAGUUUGUUGGCGUAUAAGCGAAUCGUAAUGAAACAAAGCAAGGAAACUGCUUUGAAGCUAACGAGAAAGAGUAUCUUCCUUCUGUAG